CGUCGAUAAAAAGAAGCGCCAAGGUUCAGCGCGGGUUUGGAAAUUUCGAAAUCAGGUUGUUGCGGAGCGCCAUCUGUUCAACGUCAGCGGAAGAUCGGAUAAAUGGUUGAAGUCGGUCAGGAAUUUCAUCUUACAGUCAUACAAUCUACACCCACAAGUGGAAAACGAAAAUCAUCCAGUCGAUUGAGUUUGUUUCAUUCAACCGCGAGGAAAUCACGUGCUUCUUGUUCUGACCUGAAUUUACCCACUCCCAAUGGUGCUUGUGCUGCACUAACUGAUGCAUCUCCAUCAGAUUUGCAAGAAACACCAUUACGCAUUAAGCUUGAAAAAAGACAGCAUCGCAUUUUCGAAUUUUUUGUUACAGAACGAAAUUAUGUGGAGAUUUUACGUUACUUAUGUCAAACUGCCUACCCGCAAGUUAUCGAUGAAAAUCAACCAAAUGGACCUAUUUUGCCUCGACAAGAAGCUGAUUUUAUAUUCGGUAAACUUAGUGCUAUUUAUGAACUCCAUGAACGUUUGCAACCUCAAUUUAAUGAACUGGAAAAUAAUUGGUCAUUAUCCGAAAGUUGUUUGGGUGAUGUUCUUCAGACUAGCUUAUUGACUGAAAUGGAUAGAAUCUACGGUAAUUAUAUGCAAUUUUAUAGUCCACCACACUUGCAUCAUCUCGGUGAACAAUAUCCCCGCUUUCAGGCAUUCAUGCGCCAAGUUGAGAAACGUAAAGAGUCUGGUCGCCAGAGUUUAGCAGCCUUAUUAGUUCGUCCAGUACAACGGCUUCCUUCAAUCUCACUUCUUAUGGACGGUAUAGCGAAGUUUACGCCGAAGUCACAUCCAGAUUUUAAUGCAGUUAAACAGUUUUCAAAAGGCAUUAACGAACUUUUGGCUAAAAUCAAUGACCGAUUGAGGAAAAACGAAGAGCGCCUUUCCCUGUUAUCUUUAUAUCACGAGAUUAGUGGUGCCCCGCCUGAAAUGUUAUCAUCUUCACGAAGUUUGGUGGCAAAACUUAAUGUGUUCGAGUUAGGUGUAAGCGCCUCUGGCAAUACGACCUGUGAACCUGUCACACUUUUCCUAUUGUCUGAUAGUCUAGAAGUAGCCCGACCUCGAAAACGAUUCACUGGUGAACCUCUUGCACACGCAAUUCGAGCUGCAUUGGCUGCAGUACAAGGUGAGGGGAUAGAACAUAACUUCGAGGGUAAUCAUGACCUGAUUUCACUAAAUGGUGGAGAUUCUUCAUCAAACGGCGCUCCACGUGGAGGGUCCGUCACUCGAAAUGGUUCGGGAGCCUCCGGAACGAGUGUGAUCAAUCUUGGCCUUAUGGAAGGUAAACAAAGAUGCUGUUAUAAACAUUUGCAUUUAUUGAAGUUACAAGAAAUAAAACAGGUGGUAAAUUUUGAUACUGCCUCUCCGGAUCGAGCUGCGUUUGGUUUGGUUGUACGUUCCAGUUCAGAGGUUGAUGAUCGUGUUCAUGCUUAUUGUCUAGCUGCUAGUUUUGCAGCUUCAGCUGCUGUUGUUAAUGGAAAAUGUCCAGAGCCUGUUGAAUCGGCAGUUGUAGCUGCUACAGCAUCAGGGCAAAUUUCCAACCAAGUUAAUAUAGAUACUUCAUCACUGAAUUUAUCCAUCUCCAGUACGAAUAAUUCACAUGUAGCAAUGCUACAAGCUUGUGUUGGUGAAGCCAAACGAGUUUUUCUUCACCGAUUGUGUCAUCAUAUUUGCCAAGUCUCAUGCAUAGCAAAGAAUCCGGAAGAAAUACUAGUAGAUGUGGAACCAGUUGAGUUACUUGGUUUCGACUUAGAACAACUGUUCAAUGCAACUGCUGUGGCUUUGUCGUCUAAAAGAAUAACUCGUCAGUUAACUCGCAACAUAUCUAUAAAAACACCACGUCGCCUGGCUGUUUCUACUAAACGUCACUUUGGUACACAAGCUCAACAACCUACAUCAUCUCACAGACUACCACCUUCUAGUGAGGUAGAUGAAAAUCAACCCAACGACACACACCUUAUGCCAAGUCCAAGACGUUCAAUGCUUGGAUCGUUUUUGGGGACCUCAUGCACAUCUUUGAGCAAUUUUCUUAACACAGCAUUGAGAAAUAAUAAUAAUAGCAAUAAUAAUAAUAAUCAUCGAAAUCGUACGAUGCUGCCACCUAGUCAUCUGGCUAUGACAUCUAAAGCACUUAGACGUCUUCUACCACGCUCUUCUAGACAAGAAUCAUUUGAUGGUCUUGAAUUGGAUGAUGAUGACGACGAAAUAGGAUUUUCUGAACUUGGAAGUUCUCUGCUUAGUUUAACAAGCUUAGAUAGUCUAUCAACACUGGAUAAUCCUCUUCAUCGUGUUGAUGUAAUCCCUAAUCGCAACGCACCGAAUCUCAGAUGUCGAGCUGGAAGUGCCGUAUGGGAAUCAGUUAGUCAUCUAGGAUUCAGUACUUCGGAUGAUGUUCAUCGCUCUUUCAGAUCACCAUCUGGAUCAUUUCUUGGUGGCUUAGAUGAAGCAUGUUCUAAAAAGCAUGGCAAAAAGCAGAAAAAGCCAAAACUUCGCGCCGUAAGUCAAAUGUUUCAACGAUCUUCGAUUAUUGCCAAAACAAAAGAAUCAAGAAAAGUGAAUAAUAAUGAUACAGUUGAUAGUGAGCUUAAUCCUCAAACUUCCCUACCAGCUUCUCGUAGGGACAGUUUACUUCGUGGUCUAUUUUUCAGAAAAAACUGAUUCGACAUAUUUAUAUAUGGGAUGUUUUUCCCAUCAGUAACUGAACGAGCCUGUAUGCUCACAUGUACUUUCAUAUCAUCAACAGUGGAGAUUUUUUUUUCUCAUAUAAAUCCUUCAAUAUUUCCAUUCUAUUAAAUUUCCUAGAUAUGUGUACAAUCGUCUAGUAAACGCCUAUUCUUGAUAAUCGGUUUUUAACUUUUAAUUGGAGUUCUCUUACUUUUCUGUAUAACAGUUUCGCAUAGUGCUAAUGUAAGUUCUAUUCAAUAGCACGGAUUAAAUUUAAAAGGCUAUUUGUAUGAGGCUGAACAGAUUAACUGUUACUGCUUAUAGAUUCUUUUCAGCUACUUUGAGGUAUAAAAAUACUAAGCUCAACGUAUACUGCUGUAAUGUUCUUCUCUACUUAUAAGCUGCAGGAUGACUUGAACAUAUUACAUGAAAGUGAGAGAAACAGAGAGAGGGAGAACGUUUUCUGUUUUGUAUUGCUCCGAGUUUUGUACCGGUCAAGUGUAAAAUGAUUUUCCG